ACUAACCGUUGUAGACAGGUUCUCCAAGACCUGUCACCUUGUUCCUUUAAAGGCACUACCUACCUCCGUUGUGACCGCCCAGCUCCUGAUCAAGUAUGUGUUCCGGCUCUAUGGUAUCCCGACGGAGAUCCUCUCGGAUCGCGGCCCCCAGUUUGUGUCCAAGGUCUGAAAGGAGUUCGCCACCGCCCUGGGGGCCCGGGUCGCCUUAACCUUGGGAUUCCACCCCCAAACCAAUGGCCAAUGCGAGCGCAUGAAUCAGGAGCUGGGCACCAUGCUACGCUGUGUGUGUGUGUGCUACCAACCCCUCUGCCUGGAGUGACGAUCUCGCCUGGGUGGAGUACGCCCACAAUAGCCACAUCUCCUCCGCCACAGGUCAGUCCCCGUUUGAGGCCUCUCUUGGGUGUCAGACUUCCUUGUUCCUGCUCCAAACAGGUCCCACUACCACCACGCCUCAGUUUCUUCGUCGGGCCCGCCGUGCAUGGGCGGCCACGAGAUCCGCUCUCCAGCGUACCGCCGAAAGGAACCAGCUACUGGCGGAUCUGCAUCGUCGUCCAGCGCCGACCUACUGCCCAGGGUAAAUGGUCUGGCUGUCGUCCAAGGAUAUACCUCUCAAGGCAAACUCGAAGAAACUCGCUCCUAGGUACCUUGGUCCAUUCAGGGUGGUGGCUGUUCCGAGUCCCGCGACCGUACGCCUCGCCCUCCCACGAUCUCUUCGGAUCCACCCCGUGUUCCAUGUAUCUCUGGUCAAGCCCGUGGUCUCCAGCCCCCUGUGUCCGGUACCGGCUCUGCCUCCUCCUGCCCAGCUCUACAAGGGGGGGCUGGUCUACAAGGUUCGGCGGAUCCUCGACUCGUGCCCCCGAGGACGGUGGGUGCAGUGCCUGGUUGAUUGGGAGGGGUAUGGCCCGGAGGAGCGGUCAUGGAUACCUCGGUCCUUUAUUGAAGACCCCUCCCUCAUCACUGACUUUGAGGCUUCCAGACCCAUUGCUGGGAUGCCAGGGGGCGUCCGUUGAGGGGGGCGGUGUCAUGUUCACAAGCCGAGGUGAGUGCUCCUCUCCCACUAACCACCUUCGAGUCAAUUUCCCACAGGUGAGGAGCAUAGGGGACAGCAGCUGCACUGAAUCUCCAAUCAGGAAGUCCGGUAUAAACGCAGGAUGGAGACACCACUCUACGCCGGAUGAUUGCUCCAGUUUAGGACAACUCCACUUCAUUCAUUAUCCUCGCCGCUCGAACCCUGGAUCACCUGAACCACGUCCCAUCCUCCUCGACUGUCCCUGCCUGGAUUCUCUCCGCUGCCUCACCCACCUCGGCCAGCCCAUCCUCCACCGGUGCUCACCUUGGCUCCCCACCUUCCUCGCACAUCACGGAUUACUAUAUGGACAAACACCGUACAGCACACCCUCCACUGGACUUCCCAGUGCAACUUUUGUUGCCAUUUUAAAAUAAAGAACUUUAACUUAA